CUACAUUCGCAUUGCGGCGGUGUAUUCGGUAUACACGAAGACAAAGGGAGGCAAUAUAUACCUUCGCUGUUCAAAAGGAAUAGCUAUGUCCUAAGGCUCUCUGGCGGAGGAUUCUACGUCCCAACCCUUUUGAGCCUCAUAAAAUCUUCAGUCGCGCCCAUUUUCCUCUUCCAUUUUGAGCCUUUUCUUUUUCUGGAUUUCAAGAGUCAGAUAUGGCAGCAACUUCCGCAACUAUUUUGUCUAUUGGAACAAAUGCAUCACUUAAUACUAAACUCAACUCAUUUUCCCAGUCAAAGUCUGCUAGCUUAAGGAUCAAUUCACAAGAGACUUUUAAGAGCUUCUGUGGCCUCAAGGCUGCUUCAUCUCUUGGUUGUGAAUCGGAGUCAUCUUUCCUAGGGAAACAGAGCAGUGCCGCUUUAUGGCGUCGUCACGCUACCUCAUCUCAAAAUGCGAACCAGAAUGUAUACAAAAAACUUCAACCUCAAGCGUCUUACAAGGUUGCUGUUCUUGGCGCUGCUGGAGGGAUAGGUCAACCUUUGUCGCUUCUCAUCAAGAUGUCUCCAUUAGUUUCCACCUUGAACCUCUAUGAUAUUGCUAAUGUCAAGGGUGUUGCUGCUGACAUUAGCCACUGCAACACUCCCUCAAAAGUUCAGGAUUUCACAGGACCUUCUGAAUUAGGCAAUGCCUUGAAAGGUGUAGAUGUUGUUGUCAUACCUGCUGGGGUUCCAAGAAAGCCCGGUAUGACUCGUGAUGACCUAUUCAAUAUUAAUGCUGGCAUAGUUAAGAGUUUGGUCGAGGCUGUUGCUGAUAACUGUCCUGAUGCCUUCAUUCAUAUCAUCAGCAACCCUGUGAACUCCACUGUGCCAAUAGCAGCUGAAGUUCUGAAGAAGAAGGGCGUGUAUGAUUCAAAGAAACUUUUUGGAGUGACUACAUUGGAUGUUGUCCGGGCAAACACUUUUGUUGCUGAAAGAAAGAACCUUAAGCUGAUUGACGUUGACGUCCCAGUCAUUGGUGGACAUGCGGGUAUAACAAUACUUCCCUUGCUGUCAAAGACAAGACCUUCAGCGAGCUUUACAGACGAAGAAAUUCAGGAACUAACUGUUAGAAUUCAAAAUGCGGGAACUGAAGUCGUGGAAGCGAAGGCAGGAGCUGGAUCGGCUACCCUUUCAAUGGCAUACGCUGCAGCAAGAUUUGUCGAAUCAUCUCUUCGUGCUUUGGAUGGAGACGGCGAUGUAUAUGAGUGCUCUUUCGUGCAGUCUGAUCUAACCGAUCUUCCCUUCUUUGCAUCGAGGGUUAAGCUAGGGAGGCAAGGAAUUGAAGGCUUUGUAAAAUCUGAGCUUCAGGGAUUGUCUGAGUACGAGCAGAAGGCUCUUGAAGCUCUAAAGACAGAACUGAAGGCGAGCAUUGAGAAGGGCAUUGGUUUUGCUCAGAAGGAAGCUGUGGCGGCUUAAUACCCUGUUUUUUCAUAACGUGGUUGGAGAGUUGCAAUGAAUCCUAAGCAUCAGUUUGCGGCUUUUCUUUUUGUUUAGUAGUUUGUAUGUUUUCAUGUUAACCCCAUCUGGUGGAGAACUUCUGUUGCAGACAUUUACUGCUGCCGUAGAUUAUCAGAAGAAUGUAAUAAUGUGCUAGUAAUUGAAAAUUUUGUAAUAACA